GAAAUUUCUUUUCAAACCAUUCUAUUAUUGGUUGUUUUAUAUGUAAAAAAUAUCUUUCUUACAUUACAGAAAAUCACUUUAAAAAUAAUCAUAUCAUUAUCAACUUAUGAUAGAUUUUCAUGUAACAGUUACUAUAUUAAUUUACUUGUUAAUACUAUAUAUUUGGAACGUAAGCAAAACACUAAAAAGGAGCAAAAUAUUAUUAUGGCGGUAAACUAUUGGGCGUUGUUCUUAACACCUGUUGCUUUUUCUUGUAUUCAUGAUUUGAAUCAAUUUUUGAUUUAAAGUUUAAAUAAGAUUUAAAUUAUUUUUAUUUAAAUCAUGAUAGAGCGAGAAAUUAGCAAUGGGUAAAAGUGAAGAAAAAAACGGAAACACAAUACAAGUAGGAGAAUCUACCUUUCUUACAAAAACAUCAAGCGAAGCUAGUAAGAUGUUAGAAGCUGCUUUAUUACAAAUGGAUGACAUUAUUUCUGGUGUAUGUACUGAUAGCAAUAAUGAAGGCAAUACAGAAUGGAAGGAUUCUGUCAAAGAAGCAGCAAAAAAUCUUGUGACAGCAAUUAAAAAUUCUCCAAGUCCUCCUUCUCCUCCAGAUACAGCCACUACUGAAAUUUUAUUGCAGUGGAUGCAAUUGAAUUGUCCAUUAGGUUAUGCUAAAAUGAUAGCUCUGAGAGGAAGUGUACCUAAUCUAUGUACAUCUACGAACUUAACACAUGUUGGAACUCUUCCAUCAUUCUGUUCUGCAGUAUAUGAUAUGAGCUUUUGUUCAAAAAUCCAUAAUUGUCAAGGAAAUAAACAAUAUAAAGGAAAUCAAAACAAUCAAUAUUUAAAAUUAGGGAAAAAGCGACAAUUAAGGAAUAGAAUAGAACAUGAACAAAAAGCUAAAUCACAAUCAGAUCUUUCUUUAAGAAGACGAGAAUUUUCUUCUUGUUGCUCUCUUCAAUAUUUACAAGACAUUCAAAAAUGGAAUGAAUGUCAAGCAAAAACUGAGGAACGUUUAAAAAAGUUAGAAAAUGAACGUGGAACAUUACGUAUGGAAGUAUCAGUUUUAUCAGAACAAGUAGAUGCACAAUCUAGUAAAAUCCAAGAAUUGGAAAAUAUGCUUAGAGAAAAGAAAGAUUCUCUCAGAAGAAUGGAAGAAGCAUUACAAAAAGAAGUACUUUCAAGAAGUGCUUUGGAAACACAAAAAUUAGAACUCUUGAGUUCUUUAUCAGAAAUGAAACUUAGACAAGCAAGUUUAGAACAUGAAAAUCUUGCACUUCGUAAUACAAGUCCUAUAUCAAAUGGAGAAAAAUUUGGAAGGCAUACCACUCAGUAUAGUAGUCUUCCUAGGCCACCGAGUUCUUCAAAGAAAGGUGUAGUGUUCGGUAAGGUACCCAGUUUAAUUUCUGGAGCACACACAACAGUACCAUUGGCCAUUAAAGGAGCCUCCGCGAGAUGCCUGUCUGCGCCUACUCUAGCUGAAAAAGAAAAAACAAUCAUAGGAGAUUCAAAUUCUCAAAUAGCAUCGAUUGCUCAAAAAUCUUUACUGGAACUUUCAAUGGAAGAAAUUGAAGAUUGGCUCGCAAAUUUAGGAUUAGAAUGUUAUGCGGGCGAAUUGAGACGAUGGGGUGCUACUGGAUCAAAAUUAUUAGACUGCUCACAACAACAAUUAGAAAAAGAAUUAGAAAUUAAAAAUAUUCUUCAUAGGAAGAAAUUAUUAUAUGCAAUAGAAUCCGAAAAAUUUGAUGGAGCUGAAUUUCUUGGAUCAGAUAAGAUGGAUAAUACUGCAGUUUUACGAUGGUUAGAUGAUAUUGGAUUACCACAGCAUAAAGAAGCUUUCCAAAAUGGUAAAGUUGAUGGUAGAAUGUUACAUCGACUUACUACUGAAGAUCUUUUAAAUCUUGGAGUUACUGCACAAUUACAUGCUGCAAGUCUUAGACGAGGAAUUCAGAUUUUACGAGAACUAAAUUUUGAAUUUGAUAAUCUUGAAAGAAGAUCGACAAAUGGAAACGGAGCAGAUGGUGAUAAUGUUCGUCUUUGGACAAAUCAUCGAGUAAUGGAAUGGCUCAGAGUAGUUGAUUUAGCGGAAUAUGCUCCAAAUAUGAGAGGAUCUGGAGUACAUGGAGGUUUGAUGAUUUAUGAAGGCAGAUUUACUUCAGAAUUAUUGGCCACGUUACUUAGUAUUUCUCCAGGAAAAACUCUUCUUCGUAGACAUUUAACUACACAUUUCAAUCAAAUUCUUGGAAGAGAAGUCGUACAAAGAAAAAGAGAGAUUGAGAAUACUCCUGGAUUCAUUCCACUUACACUUACCGCUCGUUUAAAGGUACCUAAGAAAUCUCAGUUUACUUUAAAGCGCAAAAAAAGUAAAAAUGAAGCAGAUUAUGGUAAUCUGGUCUGUCCUCUGGAAAUUUCACCUCCAGAAUCAAAAGAUAAUAAUCAGAGAAGAAUGAUUGGUUGCAUUUGAAAAAUGUAAUUGCACCUAUACAUAAAAAAAGUAUUCUGGGGACCAUCAUUUUAUCUCUUUAGUUUAAGUCUUAUUAUUUAAUUUUGAAUAAUGAAAUAUUGAAUAAUGAAAAUAACCAUUUAAAAAUAAAUAUAGUAAUUGCAAAAAAAUAAUUCUUUUUAGAAAUAUUUACAUUUACAUUUUAUUUAUUUAUUAUGAUAUACACAGUAAAAACUAAAUUGGUAAAAAUUGAAUAAGACUUAACUAUGUAAAAAUAUGAAUAAUUAAUGUAUUUAUAAAAAAUAAACAAUAAAAUGUAAAGUGUAAACAAUAAAUAUAUAUUAUGUUUACACUAAUAUUAUGCAAUAACAACUGAAAUCAUGAUUUUUAUAUGUCAUAUUUCAAAUGAACAAUUUGUACAAUAUGUACAUUACAUACAAUACAUAUGUACAUUGUCAAUUUUUGUAAGUGGUCUACAAUUAUAUUAUCUUUGUAAUUUUAUUAUAUAUUCAAUUAUAUUCAAAUUUGUAUUCUUAUACAUAUAACUAGGUUAUUAAAUAUAUUAAUUAUCCAAAAUUUUAAAAA